CCGCGACGGCCGAGUCAUCUGGCUGCAGCCGGGCUGGAGUUCAGACCGGGCGUCCUCUUCCAGCUCUGGAGUUCAGACUGGGCAUCCUCUUCCAGCUCGGCAGGUCUCGGGGGCGGGGCGGCAUGCAGAAGCUCUCCGGGAAAACCAGGUCGUCCAUCAAGAAGUCGUACAGCGUCGAGAAUGGUUACCCGUCGAGGACCAGAACGUUGGUGGACGAUGCGAAGUUCGAGACGCAGGUCAACCGCGAGAUCAAGCGGGAAUUCCUGCAGGAAGUCCGGCGGAACUCGACGGACGAGGAGAUCGCGACGGAGGAGGAGGCGUUCCUGUUCAGCGGGGGAGUGACGCUGGAGGAAGCUCCGGUCCCGGCCGACUAUUCGGGGCAGGCCAUCCUCCUGCUCGGGCUCAAGGAAGGACUGGCGCCGCUCGCCAGGGUGCUCAAGGCCGUCGAGGUCGGAUGUCCUUCGAGUGGCGUUCUCGAGCCGAAGGGCGAAAGGUCAUUCGGUUUCUCUCGUCAGAAUCUGAAGGGGAAGGUGUUGCACUUGGAGUCGAGGACGUCUCUGAGGAGAGACGAGACUCACGACGUCCUUCUGGAAUUGGAAAUGACGAGGGAGUCGCUGCUGCAGCUGCUGAAGAGCAUCAGGAACAGUCAGGCCUUGACCAGGAUGGAGAUCGUUCACGAGGAGAUCGUCGGCUUCAAGGAGCCGUGGUAUCCCCGACACGUCUCCGAGCUGGACAACUGCAACCACAUCCUGACCAAGUUCGAGCCGGACCUGGACUACGCGCAUCCGGGGUUCAACGACAAGGAGUACAGGCGGCGUCGCGAGCGCAUCGCUAACAUCGCCUUCGAAUACAAGCACGGCGAGGCCAUCCCCCGGAUCCAGUACACGGAGGAGGAAGUGAGGACGUGGGGGCACGUGUUCCGGCAGAUCGAGUCGCUCCUGCCGAGCCACGCCUGCGAGCAGUACAACAGGGUCUUCAAGGUCCUGAGGGAGGAGUGCGGGUACGCGCCGGAUUCCAUUCCGCAGCUGCAGGACGUCUCCGGCUUCCUCCAGAGGAGAUCCGGAUUCCGACUUCGACCGGCAGCCGGACUGCUGACGGCCAGGGACUUCCUGGCCAGCCUCGCCUAUCGGGUCUUCCAGUGCACGCAGUACGUGCGGCACGGGUCGGCGCCCGAUCACUCUCCCGAGCCGGAUUGCAUACACGAGCUGCUCGGACACGUCCCGAUGUUGGCCGACCAGGAAUUCGCCCAGUUCUCGCAGGAGAUCGGACUCGCGUCUCUCGGCGCGACGGACGAGGAAAUCGAAAAAUUCGCAACCUUGUACUGGUUCACGGUGGAAUUCGGCCUGUGCAAAGAGAACGGCCAGCUCCGCGCCUACGGGGCCGGGCUCCUCAGCAGCUACGGCGAGCUGCAGCACGCGCUCUCCGGGAGACCCCAGAUCAACGACUUCGAGCCGGGCUCCACGGCCGUCCAGGAGUACCAGGACCAGGACUUCCAGGACGUCUACUUCGUGGCCGACACCGUGAGAGACGCCUUGGAGAAGUUCAGGCGUUGGGUGUCCGCGGGCCUCUCCCGGCGCUACGAGAUCGCCUACGACCCGUAUACCUCCUCCGUUCGGGUUCUGGACUCCAUCGACAAGAUGAAGGACGCGCUCUUCUCGUUGAAGGCGGACGUGGGGCACCUGUCCAAUGCCGUCGUCAAGAUGAACAUCUCUUCGCGAAAUUCGUGCUAUGCAUGUAUACAGUACCGGUACAUGUUCCCAACAGAUAUUUGA